CAUCUCAAAACGAGACAACUUUUGAGAGACAAGAACGAGAGCGCACAUCACACCAUGGAUCCCCCGCCGCCACCCACAGGUGCCACAUCCCCUCACCCCUGCCUCACAAAACUCGACCCCUCAACACCAUACACCUUUCAACCCCCCGUCAAGCGCAUCAACGAGGGCCCCGAUGUCUCUACGUUUCUCGAAUCAAAGGCUCACCGGGACAUCACGACUUUCGUCCUCCAGCUGAACCGCUCUCUCUGCCCCGAGCUCAUACCAGCCACUUCGACCACAAAGGAAUCCAUCAAGACGUAUCCCUCAACCUCCAUCCCCCCCGCCGCCGACCUGCCCUCCCCGAUCCUUGCUCUGCAGUCACUUCUCCACUCGGCAGAGGCCCUCGUCACCGAAGCGCCCCCAGAUCCGGGCCCUCGCCGGUUCGGCAACGCUAGCUUCCGCACCUGGUCCAAGCUACUCGAAUCUCACGCGCCAACCCUCCUCGCCAAUCUUCUGCCCUCCGAGAUUCUCAACUUUGGCGGCUCUUCCCCGCUGCCAGAGCUCCAGGCCUACUUCCUCGGUUCCUUCGGCAGCCCGCAGCGUCUGGACUACGGCACCGGCCACGAGCUGUCCUUCCUAGCCUUCCUCGGCGGCCUCUACAAGCUCAACUUCUUCCCCUCCUCUCCGUCCUCAUCCCUCGGCGACACGGAGCGCCUCAUCGCACUCGCCGUCCUGGGCCCCUACCUGUCCCUCGUCCGCACCCUCAUCAAGACCUACACUCUCGAGCCCGCCGGCUCCCACGGCGUCUGGGGCCUCGACGACCACGCUUUCCUCCCCUACAUCCUCGGCUCCGCCCAGCUGAGCCGCGCCGUGCCGCCCUCAUCCCCGAUGCCCCAAGAGGGCUCCGUCCGCGGCGCCCGGGCCCGGCCGAACGUCGCCCGCCCGACGCCGUCGACACCGACCGCCGCGCCGCAAACUUUUUAUUUCGCCGCGGGUGGGUUUCAAUAA